AUGCCUUGGGCCACAAUCAAGCUCAACGACGGAACCGAGAUCCCGAGCAUUGCAUUCGGUACAUGGAAGCUUGGUAAUGGGGAGACUACAAUCAGUAAAGUAAACCAAGCCUUUUCCGUAGGAUUUGAUCACCUCGAUACCGCGCAAGUGUACAGAAAUGAGAAGGAAGCAGGCGAAGCACUGCGUGCGAGCGGCCUCGCUCGCAAGGAUGUCUAUAUCACCACAAAGUACUCAGGUCGUGCAGACAUUCAGACGUCCAUUCGGAACAGUUGCGAAUACCUUGGCGUUGACUACGUGGACUUAUAUCUCAUUCACGGACCGGACUUGGCCGUCCCAGACAUUCCGACGAUCUGGAGGCACAUGGAAAAAAUCAAGACCGAUGGACUGUCCAGGAGCAUCGGCGUGAGCAAUUUCAAUGUGCAAGAAUUGCAAACUCUCCUUGCGACAGCCAUCAUCAAACCCGUAACCAACCAGAUUCUCUUUCACCCAUAUGUACUCUCUCGUCAAGGACCCAUCGUCGCGUUCGGAGCGCUGCACGGAAUUGUCAGCGAGGCAUACAGUGUAUUGAUACCUGUAACGCAUAAGCCAGGAGGUCCAGUUGAUGCCCCGGUUCAAUCUAUCGCCCAGAGGCUUGGAGCUGAGCCGGAACAGGUUCUUCUGGCUUGGGCUAAAGCCAAAGGAGUGGUCGUUGUAACCUCGAGCUCAAAAAAGGAGCGACUGGAAGGAUACUUGAGAGCAGGAGACUUAGAGCUAACGCUUGAAGACAUCGCCGCGAUCGAUAAUGCUGGCCUCGCGGGCUCGCGUCAUUGA